GCCGAAGACCAGCCACAUAUCCAACCUUCCAAGACUAACUUUCUCCUCUUCUUCCUCGGUGAAUGCUCAGAUCAUAACUAUAAUACUCCCAUUUCUUCCUUGACUUGAGGACCUUUUCUUUGAUCCUCCAUACUCCGGCUCCUUCUGCUUUUCCUUUGAGCAAGCCAUACCGUCAAUAUGUCGGUGCAAAACAUCCACCUCCAGCCGCGCAUGGUCAAGAAGGGCCCCUUCUCGGUCGAGGCGCCCGGGUACGAGCGCGUACCCGGUGAGACAAUCCCCCGUCGACACCCCAAGGCCAAGGACGGCCUUAUUACGACCCUCGAAGAUGUCUCUACCACCUACGAGAAUAUGCGCCGAUCCGCUCGCGUCUUUGGCAACUCCAAAGCUGUCGGCAGUCGCCAGCUAAUCAAAACCCAUGUGGAGAACAAGAAGGUCAAGAAGAUCGUGGAUGGUGUUGAGCAGGAGGUCGACAAGAAGUGGACCUAUUUCGAAAUGAGUGGUUAUACCUACAAGUCUUUCCUCGAGUAUGAGAAGCUCUGCCUGGAGCUUGGUAGCGGUCUCCGCAAGCUGGGCUUCGAGAAGGACAGCAGAAUCCACCUCUUCGGUGCGACAAGCGCACACUGGCUGGCCAUGUCACACGGCGCUGCCUCUCAGUCCGUGACCAUUGUGACCGCAUACGAUACCCUAGGCGAGGAGGGCCUAAAGCACUCUAUCGUUCAAACCGGCAGCACUGCCAUCUUCCUCGACCCCGGCUUGCUGAAGUCGCUCAUCAGCAUCCUCCGCAGCGUGCCCUCAAUCAAGCACAUUAUCUACAACACCGACACGGAAAUCGACCAGAAGCUUCUUGAUCAGUUACACAGCGAGUUUAUCCACAUCAACGUGCAGAGCAUCGAGGAUUUGCGCAAGCAGGGCGAGGAGAACCCCGUGGAGCCUGUUCCCCCCAAGCCGGAGGACUUGUGCUGUAUCAUGUACACCUCGGGCACAACAGGCCCACCGAAGGGUGUGCCAUUGACCCAUGCUAACGUGAUCGCUGCUACUGCUGGUGUUCACGCCGUCAUCGGUCCCUGCAUCAACCACACGGACUCCCUCCUGACCUACCUUCCUCAAUCUCACAUUCUGGAAUUCAUGUUUGAGAACCUGUGCUUGUUCUGGGGUGGUACCAUGGGAUAUGGAAACCCCCGAACAUUGUCCGAUGCCUCUAUGCGGAACUGCCUGGGCGACAUCAAGGAGUUCAAGCCUACCGUUCUGGUCGGUGUUCCGGCCGUGUGGGAGUCAGUGAAGAAGGGUGUCUUGGCCAACCUAAACAAGGCCAGCUUCCUGGUCAAGGGUAUGUUCUGGGGUGCCAUGUCAGCCAAGAGUUUCCUCAUGAGCACCGGCUUCCCUGGCUCGAGCCUGGGUGCCUCGGUUUUGGACGCCGUUGUCUUCAAAAAGCUAAAGGAGGCAACCGGAGGCAGACUCCGUGUCGUCAUGAACGGUGGUGGCCCCGUCUCCAAGGACACCCAGAAGUUCUUGUCCAUGGCUAUCGCCCCCAUGGUUAGCGGUUACGGUCUAACCGAGACCUCUGCCAUGGGUGCCCUGAACGACCCCUUGGCCUGGAACCCCGAUGCUUUGGGUGAGGUUCCCGCCUCGAUCGAGGUCAAGCUUGUUGACUUCCCCGAUGCUGGAUACCUGACCUCGAACAACCCCCCCUCAGGUGUGACCUCGGGCUACUACGACAAUGAGGAGGAGACCAAGGCUGCGAUCACUGAGGAUGGCUGGUUCAUGACUGGUGACAUCGGCGAGUUCGAUCGCAACGGCCACCUUAAUAUCAUUGACCGCAAGAAGAACCUGGUCAAGACCCUGAACGGUGAAUACAUCGCUCUUGAGAAGCUCGAGUCUGUCUACCGCUCGUCUCCUGUGGUUGGCAACAUCUGUGUCUACGCUGCUCAGGACCAAGACAAGCCCGUUGCAAUCAUUGUCCCCGUCGAGGCGACACUGAAGAAGCUUGCCCACGAGAACGGCGUCAAGGGUGACACCCUCGAGUCCCUCGUUCACGACGAAAAGCUCAACAAGAUUGUCUUGCAGCAGCUGCAGGCCACCGGCCGCGCGGGUGGCUUGAGGGGCAUUGAGAUUAUUAACGGUGUUGUGCUAUCCGACGAUGAGUGGACCCCGCAAAACGGCUUCAUGACCGCUGCGCAAAAACUCCAGCGCAAGAAGAUUCUCGCUCGCUACGAGUCCGAAAUCAGCAAGGCCUACGGCAAGAAAUAAAAGAAGCGUGUCAAGCUUCAUUUGGAUUCCCUAGUUUCAUGCUUGUUUUUUUCUUCUAUUUUAUUUUCCCUGCUGUAUUUGCUUGCGCUUUGAGACCCUCUCUGUUAUUUUUCACUCCAAUUUAUGAUUGCCUUUCUCUCGACUCUUGCUCUUAUUGAUAUUUUUUUAUUUCUGCCACCAUGUAGACAAUAUAGUAACUAAUCAAUGUGGACAUGAACUGA